UGAUGCAAAGUGUCUAUCAUUCCAAAAUAGAUCAGUUUCCAAAUCAUAGUAAUAUUCCUAUUCUUUCAAAUUUAUCAAAUGUUGAUUGCAAAGAUUACACCCUAAUGGAAAGCAAUGAUAAUAAAGAAAAAAGCUUAAAUCUUAUAGAUCAUAGCAUAACAUCAGUUAAUAAUAUUCAAGCAAUUAAUGACAAUUAUAAAAAUAAUAUUUUUGAUUAUGAUACUAAUAACCAAAAUUUUUGUAUGCCUUUUAAUUUAUCAAAUGAUAAUUUUAAUUAUAAUAAUGAUGAUAAUAAUUAUAAUAAUGUUGAUAAUAAUUAUGAUCUAUUUGCAUUCCAAAAAAAUCCUUGUAGUAGUUACAAUUAUAAUUAUAGCAAUUAUAGUACACCUGCAUUUAACCUUCCACAUAUUGAACAAGACUUUAUCAAACCAUUUUCUUAUAAUCCAAUAAGUAAUAAUUCUUGUUUUGAUAGUAUCAAUAUAAAAGAUUACAUGGCAUCCAAUAAUAGUCAAAGUAAAGUAUCUUUUGCUGUAAGUCAAUGUUUUACAACCUCAAAUUCACAAAUAAUCAAUAGUCCAAUGGAGAAUAAUUUUUUAGCAACCCAAGCUUCUUUUGGACAUAAUAUUUGUUUACCUAAUGAAAAGUAUUCACAAAAUUCUAGUAAUUCUUAUCAUUCUAUACCGGAAUUUAAAAGUAUAGAUCCUCAACCUUUGUAUCAUACCAAUUAUAUUUCCACAAAAAUGAAACCUCAAAAAUCUUCUUCUUUUUAUCAAAAUGAGUUUCUCCGGUUUGGAUCUCUCGAAAAUCUUAGUCACAACACUACUAGUCAUCAUUCACUAAAUCAUUCUUACCACUUAAAUAAUUCAGGUCAUUCAAAAUUGGAAGAAUUUGGAGAAAAUACAUCAAGCGAUAUCAUUGAUAUAGAUACAUUCCAGGAGACAAAUAACUUAUCUCCCAGCCCCACUGCAAAUUUAUAUCCAAGGAGAAAAUGUUUUUAGUUUUAAAAAAAAUCUCAAUUAAAGUGGGAGAUGUAUUAUUGUAUGCAUGUUUUUUAUAGCGAAUAUUUUGUAAU